AUUUGGAUCCAUGGCUGGUGAAGCAGCAAUCCAUGGCGCAUCUGCUCAAGCAUUGCUUGAUUUGCUUUUGUUCCUCGUCCCACUGGUUCUACUGCUCGUCGGUUGGAAAAGAUGGAGUCGAAGAAGAAUCAAGCAGCGGCCAAACCUGCCGCUCCCACCUUCCCCUCCAUUCAAGCUCCCGGUGAUCGGGCACCUCCACCUCGUAGGCUCCCUGCCUCACGUCUCCUUCCGCGACCUUUCCCGGAAGCACGGCCGGGACCUCAUGCUCCUCCGCUUGGGCGCGGUGAACACGGUGGUCGUGUCCUCGCCUCGCGCCGCCGAGGCCGUCCUGCGCACGCACGACCACGCUCUCGCAUCCAGGGCGCGCUCCGCCGUUGCCGACAUCAUCUUCUACGGCUCGUCCGACGUCGGUUUCGCGCCCUACGGCGAGCCCUGGCGUCAGGCCAGGAAAGUCGUCACGACGCACAUGCUCAGCACCAGGAAGGUGCACGCGUUGCGCCACGGACGUGAGGAAGAGGUGCCCAUAGCCGUGGCCAAGAUCCGUGCAUCGGCGGCGACCGCCGCGGCGGUGGACAUGAGCGAGCACCUGCACUCGUACGCGACAGACGUCGUCUGCCGCGCGGUGCUCGGGAGACACCACGGCGACGAUGGCAGGAACAAGCUGGUCCGCGAGCUGGCCGACAUCAACAUGUCGCUCCUUGGGGGGUUCAACCUCGAUGACUACUUUCCGGGCUUCGCAAUAGUGGGCGUGUUCACCGGCUUGGUGGUGUGCCGCAGGGCUAUCAGGGUUCGCAAGAGGUGGGACGAGCUGUUCUUAAAGCUCAUGGACCAGCAGGGGCGACACCGCGAGCAGGAGGAUGAUGCCAGCUCGGACUUCAUACACGUCUUACUCUCUCUGCAAGAAGAGUACGGAUUGACCACAGACAAUGUAAAGGCGAUCGUGAUGGACAUGUUCCAAGCGGGGAUAGAAACGAUAUAUCUUGUGCUCGAAUCUGCAAUGGCUGAGCUGAUGAAUAACAGACACGUCAUGGCCAAAUUGCAAGAGGAGGUCAGGAGGAGGCAUACACUGGGGCCGGCAGUUGGGGCCGAGGACCGAGAAGAACCACAACAAGACGUGGUCACGGAAGAGGAGCUCGUUGACAUGGCCUACUUGAGGGCUACAGUGAAGGAGACGUUGAGGCUGCACCCUCCGACGCCACUCCUCAUCCCUCACCUCUCGAUGGCUGACUGCGAGAUUGACGGCUACACGAUCCCUUCCGGGACACGGCUCAUGGUCAACGCGUGGGCUCUCGCUAGAGACCCCGCGUCAUGGGACACGCCGGAGGAGUUCGCGCCGGAGAGGUUCCUCCCUGGAGGCAGCGCGGCCACACUCAACGGCAAAGGGAGGGACUUUGAGUAUUUGCCUUUCGGGUCUGGACGGAGGAUCUGCCCAGGCAUAAACUUCGCGAAUGCUGCUGUGGAAUUGAUGCUAGCGAACCUCGUGUACCAUUUCGACUGGGAGCUGCCAGCAAAGAUGAAGGAGGUUGAUAUGAAGGAAGUGUUCAGCUUGUCGAUCCGGCGUAAGGAGAAGCUCCUCCUUGUCCCAGUUUCAAGAUCAAUCCCUCUCUCCGAUAAGAGAGAAUGAUAACUAGCCAACUACGAAGUACUAGUAUGAAAUAAGUACUGUACUUACAUUUGGCUUGUUCAAAU